AUGUCUCAAUAUUCUAUGACAGGCCAGCAUAGGCCUCGAAAACGGGCGAGGACGAGCAGUGCAUCAGAAUGUGAAUCUUCAGCUUCGUCCAUAGGAUGUGAUAUGUCCGCCUUACAAAAGAUUGCUGCUGAAGAGAUCGACCUUGAGAUCGCUCUCAGACAGCGACUUGCCGCAACCAUUAGUGAUCGCAUAACCUGGGCUAUUUUGCUGCAGGAGUCGCUUUCUCGAGGACUUGAGGCUGGAGACAGCUCGAGCACAGACUUCCGAGCGAGCACUUUGGAAGCUUUGGCAGCCAUUGAAGCCCCUUCUAAUAUGUUGCUCUAUCGGGAACCCUUCUUGUUACCCACUCGCCGUCCGCAGCCUGAACCACGACCAGUCGCUCAACAGGAAUUAGUAUCACAGUCUAGACGCCGAGGACUUCGGAAGUCUCAGCUUUCCUAUAUCCCGAGCAAGCCCAAGCUCCUGUUUAUUCGUCACAACACGGACGAAGGCCCGGUUCUUGCCAAACUUCAGUGUCCAGACUGUGGUCGAGCCGACUUCCCCAAUUUGCAAGGGUGCUUCAACCACUGUCUCCUGAAGCAUAAACGGCAAUAUGGAAGUCAUGAUGAGUGCAUACAACAUUGUGCAGUCGUCGUCCCGGAAGAAGACAGGGAUUGGGCCGUUGCGAAUGGUACUGAAAUCAAUGGCGCCCAUCUUCCCGGUUUGCGCAGACUGUUUGAAAUUGCGGUUGGAGGUGCGGAGUCUGAAGAUGUGCGCAAACGCAUUGACGCCCGCAUUGCUCUCCCAGCCGUUAGCCAAUCCGAGGACGACAGGGAUCGUGAAGCCAGCGUUCACAUUACUCGCACUCUGGGUCUUCACAAGGACACGCCGAGCCUGGCCCUGUUCCUUGGGAAGAUGCCCCGUGAACGAUGCGUCAAUGCCCACAAUGAAGACGAGGAAGCGGACAUUGUGGGUGGUGCUUCGCCGCUCUUAGGGGAUGGCAGUACCAGACAUAGCUGGCAUAAGAUAUAUCCCCACCGCAAUAGAGCUCGCCCGGAAUUGGACAUUGUCCCUGAUGAAGCACAUAUGGAGGUGGACCAACCCGGUCAACUUUCUUCUCAACCUUCUGCUCUGCCUUCCGCUCCGGGCGGUAGUGGAAGCCGUUUCCACAUGACAGCACGAGUUAUUAUGACAGACCGGAGUCUCUCGAUACCAGUUGACCGGCGACCGUCGGGUAAUCCGACACACACCCAUCUGUGGAUAUUAUCAAUCGAUUCACCAUCCUACAGUCUGCACAUAUCAAGGUUCUUGGCGAAGGUCAUCAUUAGUUCUGUUACUGAACCGCCUCCAUCUACUCUCGAAAAGCCUAUAACCCUAACGGAACCGCCUUUCGCUGUUAUGAGCACUACGGAUAGGCCUUUUCUUGCCCGAGUUAAGUUGGAAUGGGCAGGGGCUCAAAAUCCGCCCAUGGAUAUAGAACAUUGGGUAGAGUUGGAAGAGUACAAAUACCAGUAUCAGAAUCCAGUACUAGGUGACGAACAGAUAUUGGACGUAGAGCUUGACCGGGGAACCGAAUUGUUACCCCUCCGGGAGAAUAACACCCAUCUUAAGUGGAAGGGCCUCGGUGAUCUCAAUACCAUUGACAGGGACGAGGAUGCCACCAACAUUUCGCGGCCGAGUUAUAUCGCGUCCCUCUUGAGCCUGUUACCCGAAUUCCCUAUGACGCUCAAAGACGUCAAGGGCCGAUCGCGGCCUCGAGUGCCAUACAGCCUGGUUGCCAACCUGGAACAGCUAAAGUCUUUAAUUCCCGGUCGUCGCAAGGCAAUAGAGUGGUCCCGAGCAAGGGCGUUGCAGGACGCUUAUCGGUCCGCAUACGAAGGGAGAGAGGAAUACGUGCACCUGACAGCCGGAGACGUAUACUGCUGGUUGGAGGAUGAGGGUCAUUUUCUACGGCCUCCCGUCUGCCUGGACAGCAAACAAGACAGCACUGACGAGCCCAACACAACCACUGUGGCUCUACAGGUGUUCUGUCAUGUUUGCGGUUUCACUGCCAGUCAUCAUGCUCAGGCCCUUUCCAAGGUGAAACAGGCUUCAAACAGCGUAGGGUGCCCCCUUUCGGCUAUUCGCGCUGUUCGCAUGCCUGUCUUCGACGUCAGAGCGUUGUUGGGGAGACUGACAGAUACAUCCGGCAGCAUGGUCAAAACGCCGUAUAGUCUAUCUCACACACUCCUGGAGUCUACGCCCAUCUCUCCUGUGAUCAUGGAACGCUUUAAAGCAUUGGAUCUGAUUACCGUCACCGACGCAGCUGUGACUCAGUCAAUAUACCAACUAGUCAGUUCCAGGGGCUUUAGACUGGGCCGAGGCGACAGCACACUGUCCUCCGGGCAGGCGAAGUUACCACUGGAGCAACUGGGCGCCGCUAAGCGCGAGGUGGAAGAAAAGCUCUCGAGCGCUGCGGUUCUAGCACUCCUAGUAAAGCCCCUGGUUCGCCAGCUCCUUAGCAACGCAGUAAACUCAAUGAAGAAACAGGACGAAGACAAUCAUACUCAAGGGUGCCGUCAUGGGGUCGGUCCCCUCCCAAGGGAAGUGCGACUGCUCACACCUAGGCAUAUUGUCGAAGGUCUGGGCAUGGGUGCACCGCGUGGACUUGCCGAGGAUUCUACGUCUCUAAUUUUGGGUCGUCUGGGAGAGAGCUUCCUGCACAUAUAA